GGUGCUUAUCUCGCAGUCUUUCAGUACUAGUUUCACCACCAUGACUGCUUUACUCUUGAGUCUACCAGGCGACGUCUUGAUUGCAAUCCUAGUCAACCUUGAUGUGAAAGAUCUCUUAUGCACCUUACAGACAUGUCGUGCAUUAUACGUGUUCUGCGCCAGCACGGAUUACAUUUGGCACAACAUCAAGAUAGAUUAUCCCCUGAAUCUUCCUCAUCAAGUAAUAACUAAUAUACCUUCGGCGGAGUUGCGCAAACAUUGCGUUGAGGGACUGCGAAUUGACUAUAAUUGGCGCAAGAAUCCGCCCAAUCUCAAAACUCUGAGUCGCAUUGACAAUGGCGGAAUCAUAGAACAAAUGCAGUAUCUUCCUCCUAAAUGGCUUGUCAGCAUGUCUCGCGUGUCAACAAGCCUGCGCCCAACCUGUGUUCUAUCAAUCUGGGACUGUGAUACUUCAGGCGACGCGAAGAGGAUUAAACGUUUCUCACUUGAACCGCAUGGUUUGUCGAAAUUCUCAGCAUCUCUCUCUCAGGAUGAAAAGCACGUUUUGGUCGUGAUUUUCAAUGGCCACGCUGAGAUCCUCACAGUUUACCAUAUACCCCUUCAAGAUAGCGAUUAUCUUGCUGAUCCUGAUAAAUACAUCUCUUCGAGAGUCAUAAAGAGUGAUAUGGCAGGAUCAGUUUUUGAAGCUGACAUCUGCGGCGAGACCGUUUCUUGCUUAAUUGCCCAGUUUAGAAUGGGACGACCCUCGUACCAAGUCUUAUUUCUCAAUACAAGAAGUGGGAAUCAUGUGAGGGUCGAUGUCAAUGUUCUUCCACCUUUUACGAAACUGCAAGUUCGCCUUUUCCCGGACUCUUUUCUACUGUUAUCCGGUGUCCAAAGCCCUCAGACUCUUAUCCUUCGGUUAUAUGAUGCGAGUAGUUUCUUGCAAAAACUGAAAACUCCUGCAAACAUACACUUUGAUUCGGGGUUGAGUCUCGGGACUCCGUGCGCUGAGUACAGCUUUUCCGCUCCCGGAACCAUACAUCAAGAGUAUAAAUUAUCUACUGGUAAUCUUAGUACUGCCGCGCUGAUUUUUCCGCGCGGGACGAACAACCGUUUGGUCCGGUUUCCUGUUCGCUCAGACGACAACGGUGUAACCAUGUCAGGGCCUCAAAGCGAGUUGCGAUCUCAAACGUUUUACAAAACUGCAGCUCACGUUGAUAUGUCUCCCGAAUUCAUUGCGUUAGGACCUUGUGGACAGAGAGCUGUCUGGCUGGAAAGAGCCUGGAACGAAGAAUCGGACCGCACAGGGUUCAAUGUGAUGAAGGGGGCCUUUUCUGAUCAACUUGGUGCAGUUAGCAAUGUAGGAUCGCUAAUCCCAACGUAUGUGGCACUCCCAUUCGAAGUGGAGACGUGUCAGUCCAUAGCUUUCGAUGAAGCGAUGGGGCGAGUUUUCCUUGGAUUAUAUACUGGGGAAAUUUAUGUCUUGAAUUUUUAAAUAGCAAGCGCCACUAAAGUUCACGGUUUACGGAAUCACCGACGCGCUGCGUAGUAUAACUGAGAUUAGGGUCGUUUGCUGAAAUUUAUACAGCACCUCUUUUACUGAAGAUACUUGAUUUGCCAGACAAUUUUUCAAUGAGGUCGUUCCUGGGUUCAAGCUCAAGUUCAAGGCUUACAGUUAUAUCUCAUUCUCUUGGCCCUGAUGUCAAUUCGGGUCUUCUGAGCGCUGCAGCGUUGAGCGUUCAUAUAAACCAACAACUUUAGUGAUGGUAGAUUUGAUCUUUGACUCGCGGGUUGAGAUGGAUGACCAUAAUAAACGCAGGCAUCGCAUGUCGUGCGUUAUGAUACGUGCUCUGCGCCAAUACGGACAGAAUAACAUUGAAAGGCGAUUAUCGCACCUGCGUCAGCAGGCUGUCAUUUGCUGCCAUCGUCUCAAGAACUCACCGACU